GCUCGGGAUUCUUUUGAGAAUCUAGCACAGCAUCAGUUUGAAUCUCAGGCUUUUAUCUGCCUCAUCAGCUCUAAUGCAGGAAACGAAAAUGCGGAUCUAUAAGGAGAAAGACAUCGAAAUACCCCAAGACUUGAACCUUACUGAACUCCUUCAUCAGAGCGCCGGCAAUAUCCCCGUACCGGAAUCACAUCUCAUAGCGAAAGACAAUCUCACGAACCGUAGCCUUACUAUCGGCGAGCUCAGGAGUCGUGCGGGAAGAAUUGCCAAUGGCCUACACAAGUCACUGAGCCCAUCUCAAGGCGAUAGAUGGUCUCUCGUGUUGCCAAAUUGCGUCGAAUACAUAGAAUGUUUCCAUUCUAUUCUGUGGACGGGAGGUGUGUGCUGCCCAAUCAACCACGCUCUAAAACCACCUGAGAUUUCCCAUGCGCUUGUUGUCUCACAGCCAAAGUAUAUCAUUGCAUACGGUGAGGCUCUUCAAAGGAUCAUCCAAGGCAUCAGACUUGCCAGAGAUGCCUUGGCUGCAAAAGCGGUGGAUUGGCCAGAACCAAAGCUUAUGACUGUGAUUCAAAAAGUUCAAGGAAUCAAGCAUGUCCCUGACGACUUUCUGGAUGACGAGAAGCUUCCAAUCCAGCACUAUAACAAUACAAUGGGUCAUCUGGCGACCAUCCAUCUCUCAUCCGGCACCACAGGGCUGCCAAAAGGAGUCCGACUUACGCAUUAUAACUUUGUGGCAAACUGCUACCAGCUCUACGCUCAUGAUCCCCAGCAAUUCCACUCCAACUCUCGAACCGUCGCUUUCACCCCUUUUGUCCACAUCGCCAUGACGACGAUGCCGCUUUUCAUGGGCCCUUGGACUGGCAUGAUGCACCACGCGAUGCCAUCCUUCAAUCUCGAUGCCUUCGGCCCUCUCGUCUCAUCCGUUCGUCCAACUUCCUUCCAAGGAGUUCCAUCCAUAGCGCUUGCGUUCGCAAACUCAGACUUCACCACACGUUUUGACUUCUCCGCUGCGGAAAUAAUAAAUUGUGGUCUUUCGAUGAAGCAGGAGUUGUACGACCGUCUUACCAAGCGGGCGCCGUGGCAAAUCGUCCAGUUAUACGGCAUGACGGAAGCAAGUCCAUAUGUGGCGUACCAGAGGCUUGGGGAGAAACUUGAGCUAGGUGCCGUCGGGCAUCUUCUGCCCAACAUUUCCGCGAUGCUGAAAGUUGAGAAUACAAUGGAAGAUGCCCCGGAAGGAGGUCCAGGAGAAUUGUGGUUAAAGGGUCCGAAUGUCUGUUCUGGGUACACGGAUGAAGAGGUUAACAAGACAGCCUUUCCCAGUGAGGGAUGGUAUAAUACGGGCGAUGUUUGCACCAUCUCCAAGUCCGGGAUUCUGAGCGUGGUUGGUAGGACCAAAGAGUUGAUCAAGUAUAAAGGUUUUCAGGUGGCUCCUGCAGAGCUGGAAGCACAUCUUAAUUCACAUCCGCACGUGGUGGAGGCUGGCGUAGGUGCGACCUGGGAUGAGCAUCAGUUGGCGGAGUUGCCAACAGCAUAUGUAUUGUUGGUUCCAAGUUUGAAGACGAAAGCGGCGGUGUUGAAGGCACUUAAGGAUGUUCAGGCUAAUAUCGAUGGAUUGGUGAGCGGGUAUAAGAAGUUGAGAGGAGGUGUUUGGGCUGUGACGAGCCUGCCAAAAAACUCAACGGGGAAGUUUGUAAGGAAAGAUUUGGGACGGCAUAAAACGGGUCUGUCCUCUCUCGAUAUCGAAGAUGAGAAGCCAAGGUUGUAGUUACAAAAGAACUCGAAUAAGAUAUGAGGAGAGACCACAAGAUCUGGACACCCCUCCGGUGCACUAGAGUGGGCACCCGGUAGUACAGUAUUAGCAAUGUCAGCCAGAAGCCUGUUCUCC